CAACACUUGGAUAGCGAGUACCUCCCAAUCUCUGGAGCUUCAUAUCCGUACACUUUCCACAGAGGCUGCUUAGUCAAGUCGGAGGUGUACGUUACACUCCCAGCUAGAUGCAUGUGGGUAGGCGGCGGGCGCGCAUUGCUGCCGUGUCUUCCACUCUGAAGGAUAUUUUGCUGUAGGAAUAUUCAUUGUACUUUUUUUCAUUGAUGGAUAUUAUUUAGUGACGAACAUUGUGGAAGGAUUUGCGAUUUGCACGUGUGAAAUCUAUGUUAUUAUGAUGAUGAUCAAUCAGGUACGUGCUAUUUUUGGUGGUUGAUUGGUUUAGUGUAUUGGCAGCGGCUGACUACGCUGCCGUGAGAUUAGGAAAAGUUGUCAGUGUACAGACGAAUGCGCUGGGGUAGGAUGGAAUGCCUUAAAAUUGCCACCUUCUUCCCACAGAGAGGCUUGUGUAAACCUAAUUACGAUUCAUAUCAUGGAUACGCCGAGCAUUAAAGGAGAGUUUGUACCCAAUAGAAAGGUGAGAAAGAGAGAGAAAAAUUCUUGUAUAAUCUGUGCAUGAAUACUUUCCAAUAGGUGAGACUGUGGAAUUUAUGGCAUAAUGGAUUCAAACGUAACAGGUGAGAGUGAACAAGUGGAUGGAGAGAUGGUUAGAGGCACAGAAGAUUCUGCUGAAAAGAAAGGGAAAAGACUCUCUCGGAAAAAGAGUAAAAAUCGAAGUAGGAAAAAACGCUCACAUUCCAAAGUUACCUCUGACGGGGCUGCUGAACCCGUAGAGGCAGACGACAUGAAAGAAACUUCGGCGGGUACUUUAGCUCGCCAGCAUUCCAUAAACUCGCGUGAACAGAAGACACGUUCUUUAAGCGGGUCAAGGAAGCGAUUGUCAGGGUGGUUUAAAAGAAAAAGCAGAUCUGAGAGUCGUGGACGGAGGAGUAAGUCAGAGACGGAGCUGUCAAAUGUUGACCAGAAUACCGGGACAAAGAGACAUGAGAGUGCCGAGGACAUUAAACGAGGGUCCAGAAACUAUGACAAUAGGGGCAGUACAUAUGAAGUGUAUGACAUUACCAAACAACCUAGGGACAGAUUGCGGAGGAUGACAGUGCGAGAUGCUGAGAAGGAGAGGAGACGGAGGUUAGUGGCAUCUGGUUAUGUGUUGUCCAAUCUGAACAAACAGGUUGAAACUGAGGUGGUGGCUGAGGAAAGAACAAGAACAGCAUCUCUGCCUGACAUUACUUCUGUAGAUUCACAUGGAGAUAAAACUAAUGAACACAAGCCUGAUGAAAGUAAAGAUGUUGUUGACGGUGCUAGUGCCUUGGUUAGGGGAAGUGUUACCUUGCCGAGAGAAAAGAAAAACAGGUUUGGCAAAAAACAAAAAGGUUUGAAAUCUGGACGUGUGAGCAUAGAAGCUGACAGUGAUGAUAAUAUUAUCAGUGAUAAUGCGCCUCAAAUAUCGGCCAGAUCACAGGAUGAUGAUCAGAAUAUAAGUGAAAAGAAUGGACAAGCAGAGAGAGAAUCACCACAGACACAAAUUGAGGUGAUGGUACAUGAUAUAGCUAAUUUGUUAGAAAGGGACAAGUCGACAGGACAAGAAAACACUGUUGACGUGAAGCCUCAUAUGGAGGUCCAACAAGAUAAUGUUAAGAAGGCAACAUCCAAUAUACAAGCCAAAGAUGCCGGAGAUAUCUCUAGUAAUCAAAAUGACGCGAAGAACGGCACUGAAUUUAGUGUUAGUGAAAGUGAGAGACUUGUCACGCUUAUGGAAGGUAUAUACAAUAGAAAUACGAAAAAGACUCCCACUGUUGCAGUGUCUAGUGUGCCCCCUUCUAAGGCCAUCUCCCGAUGGCAAAACGCUAUCAUGGAUGUCCAGAAGAAACGAAGGAAAAAGUCGUUGUCACUCUUCCUUGAACUCAGUCGUUCACCAAACCCCCAUUCCUCAAUGUCGAUGAGUGGGGGGCGGGAUUUAUCUCCUGGGCGACUUCUGGGUAAAGCAAGAAGUCCUUCGCCGAGACCUAAAAUUGUCAGCAUGGCUAAAGAAACAGGACACGAAUCUCGGAAAUCAUUAUCUCCAAAUCGGAAGCCUGAAGAGACAUCAAUUGAGCUCAGUCCUGUUGUAGAAAUGCCUAAUGACAACGAAAAUAAAACCAAAAAUAUUAAAAUUACAUUAGGCGUGCCUCAUCAGAUUGAUAGAUCACUAAGUGAUGGGGAGGGUAAGACUGUUCUUGACAAAACUGCAAAAUUGACCCAGAAGUGUCAUCGCAGUCAUUCAGCUGUUAGCGAACCAUCACAGGAGACAGCCAGGCAUGAGUACGGGUACGCGAAUGGGGAUAGAAAUGGAGUUCCUGUAAUGGGGACCAGUGUUCAGAAGAAGUACAAAAGAACAUUUUCUCCUAAAAGACAAGAGUCUGUGCCAGUACCCGAUCAAGACAAAACAACAACCGACGAAGGCAUUGACGGUGACACGUGUAAACAGCCAGAGAAAAAAGAUCAUACUCAGCUUAGCGAUUCUCAAAAAGAAAACAAAAAGGAGGAAGAAGAACUACAGAAUACAAAGCGAGAGGCUACAAAAUCGCCCGAGAGAGCUGAUGACAUUGAGAAUAAUACUGACAAUACUGAAAUGAACAAAGCCCUCGAAAACAGGGGCAGAGAAUCUCAAAAAAGGCGCCGAAAAACCGGGAGAUCAUUUAGAAGGAAGAGGGAAGUCCAUGAAGAGGUUAUUGAGGCCAAAACGACCCAGGAGUCAGAGGCAGAAGUUGUUAAGGGAGAAGAAAUGUCCCCUGUUCGACUGAUGUAUGACAAGUGUACACAAACAUCCGAAAUCGACCUGUCUGAGAAAUCUAAACUCUUUGGAAAAAGUAAAAAGAAUAACAAGAAAGAGAGAAAGGAGAAAGAAAAGGAGAAGAAAAAAUUGAAAGACGUAGCAUCACUUGUACACGAUGCUAACAAAGAGGAAGAAAAGAAACUGGGCAAGGCCGAAGAACCAGGAAAUAACAAGACAGUUGAUAAUGAAAGGGAAGGGGACAACAAUGAAAGUGAAAAGCAAGAUUCUAAUAAAAAUUCUCCCGAACACGAAACCUCUCCUGAAUUUACAGAGAAUGAGAAGAAUACACCUGAAAAUGAUUCAAAGCCCAAACCAAAGAAGUUAUCCUUUACCACACUAGUUUUCCUGAAACAGCGAAUCGCCAGUAGAAGGAACAAGAAAGUACUUGAAGAGAAGAAAAAUAUUUCUGAUCAGGAUCCUGUUAAGGAUAUGUUUCUUAUUGAGAAUGAGAUAAAUCUCAGCAAACUUGCGGACAUUAAAGAGACUGACAUACUUGAUGAUGAAAUUAUUGAGCCUGAUGUUUCACUUGAUCUUCCCAGGAAACAAAUCAGGUUCGAACCUGUAGCAUCUGAUGAGCCCAUUCAAGGAGAGGAACCUCUGCCUCCCCUUGCAAGAAGCAGAACAAAGAGGCUAAGUAGUAGAAGAGAAAGUACAAUGAGGGAAAAAAGAAGAAAGUGUCUACAAUGUUGUAAGAAAGCUACUGCUUUCCUCUUCUCACAUAUCGGAUUGUGUUCUCUUGUUGUUGCCUAUACUAUCAUGGGGGGCUUUAUAUUUAAGGCAAUUGAAGGACCUUUCGAGAAUAAGGUUAAAACAAAAAUCAGAGAGACAAGGAUUAAGAUGGUUGACAAAAUGUUGCAGCAUGCAACAGAACUUAGCUUGUCUGAGAUUGGACAUGAAAAUUUUACUGCACUUGUGGAUCAACAAUUAAAGGAUUUUCAAAAGACAGUGUUUAAAGAAACAAAAGAUCAUGGGUGGGACGGAAAGGACAAGAGCGACGCAGACAUCCCAGAAAUGCAAUGGUCAUUUGCUAGUUCCUUACUCUACGCAAUCACAGUGAUGACAACAAUUGGUUACGGUCACGUGGCUCCAAAAACUGACACCGGACGGAUUGUUACAAUUGGAUAUGCUGUGUUGGGUAUACCGUUGACGUUGUUGUGUUUAACGAAUAUUGGUGACGUCAUGGCGACGGGAUUUCGAUUACUGUACGGAAAGAUUUGUUGUGGUGUGUGUUGCAAAUUGUUUCAACGUCGCCGAAGACGUCGAAUACCUGACUUGGAGAAGGGCCUAGCUCACCAGGUCAUGGCCUCUGAAGAAGAAGAAGAGGACAAGCCUAAAGAGGUCAUUCAUGUACCCACGUCUCUGUGCAUACUUCUUAUAGCAGGGUAUAUCUUCGCUGGAGCUCUUCUUUUCGCAUUGUGGGAGAAAUGGGAUUACCUGACAGGGUCGUACUUCUGUUUCAUCACAUUGAGUACGAUUGGCUUCGGAGACAUUGUCCCCGGAACGGAUACAUGGGCCCAGGAGGAGAAGUUGGUACUGUGUGCAAUGUACCUGGUGUUUGGCUUGUCUCUCAUUGCUAUGUGCUUUAAUCUGGUACAAGAGGACGUAAAGGCCAAGUGUAGAUGGUUGGGCAUGAAAAUGGGUAUUAUUGAUAAACCGGAAUCAUCUGUAUGAAGCUAUGAAGUUAUAUAACCUAUGAGUAAAUGUGAUGAUUGGUUUGUGAUGGAUAUCAAUUUUGAUGGAUUUACACAUUAUACAGCAGCACAUAUUACAUUAUUUUAAGAAAUACCUACAGAUCACAUGACCAUGAUUUUAAUGCAAAGUGUUUUGACAUAUGGUACUAUUCUGAACACGAUGCUAUUUUCGACAAUUAUGUAUAUAUAUACAUAUUCCUGAUACCAGCUUCAAUAGUACCAUUGUUUAAGAAAUGGUACUUCGAACAACGGUAUUUUUCGAAUUCACAAAUGUAAAAUAUGACGCCAAUACCUUCCAAAACGCAUGUAUAUAUAGCUAGUUGUAAAACGUAAAAAGAGAAUAAUUUAUUAUCCAUAAAUGUGCCAUUUUGUAUAUUCAACCAAUCCUUGUAACACCGAUCAAUGUACAAAAUUUCCUUAUAAUGUGAACCUAUUGACAAAGAUAAAUGACCUUGAGUAAGAUAGUUCAAGGUGAUAUUUCGUGAUUUGAUCUGAUGACAGGUGUUGAGGCAGAGGCCAAUUUCCUUAGUACCGCACGCCUCUCCGUUACUCCAUCGAGAGGCGAGAGCGAGGCAGCGGCCCAAAGCCAAGUAUCACAAUGGUAUCCUGCCAGACUUUCAACCGUCUGCUAGGUGCAGACAUCUUGUGCCUGGAUGGAGUAAGCUUGUCCUACUAUGCAAACACGUAACGACAGUGGAAAAAUAAAUUAUUCUUUUCUCACUUUGAUGGAGGAUUGUCCACUAUCUUACCAUUACGUUACACGCAAAACUGCCAUGACCACAGAGACCGGUGUAUGUGGUCGUGAAGUGAAUGAUUACAGCACAACAGACGAACACAACGGUAUGCAUACAUUUGAAAGAUCAUGUACAGAAAUGUGUCUAAUUUCAAUAUCUUGGCUUCGGAGGAAAUUUCAAGGAAAUUUCCCAAACGGCAUUGGCGUUUACCGGAUGUAUAUGAUAUAUGUUCGGAUGUGUUGUGUGGUAAGCGACUUCCGGAUGUGUUGUGUUGUAUGCGACUUCCGGGUGUGUCCUGUACAGAUUCCAGAAGCCUUAUUCCGAGAUUGUACGUUGACGUAUGCACGAUCUCUUUUAUUUCCUACAUGUUUGUUGUUUAUUGUUUUGCCUUGAUAGUUUAUAUCACCAUAAAGAUUUUCCACAUUGUU